AUACUCCAUUGACUACAACCCUCUGUUCUGUCACUCGGCCAGUGCCUCACCCAUUCAACAAUAUUGUAAUCCAAACUUAAAGAUUGCAGUUUAUUGAUAAGCCUUAUAUGUGCAACAGUUUCAAAAGCUUUACUGAAAUAUAGGUAAACAAUGUCUACUGCACCACCCUGAUCUAUUAUUUUAGUUAAUCAAUAAGAUUAGUUUGGCAUGAUCUCCCUGAAGUAAAAUCAUGUUGUCUCUGAUCUUGAAAUCCAUGUGAUUUUUAGAUGUUCAACAAUCCUAUCCUUUAACAUGGUUUCCAUUACUUUCUCCACUACCGAAGUAAGGCUUACUGGCCUAUAGUUGCCUGACUCCUCCCUACUAAAUUUCUUGUGAAUGAACACAACAUUCGCUAACUUCCAAUCUUCUGAGACUACUCCUGUUAACAAUGAUUGGUUAAAUAAAUCUGUUAAUGGUUUUGCUAGUACACCACUAAGCUCUUUCAAUAACUAUGGGUGUAUUCCAUUAGGUCUCUUUCGCUUAUUUCUCUUUACUUUCGACAGUUGAAAUAGAACCUCUUCCUCUGUAAACGCACAUGUAACAAAUGACUCAUUUGUCCUUUUUCCUAACUGAGACUCCUUUCCUUCAUUUUCAUUUGUAAAUACUGAACGAAAAUAUUCAUUGAGGCAGUCAGCUAGACCUUGAUCCUCUUCUACAUACCUUCAUUCUUUUGUUUUUAAUGUAACCUUUACUUGUUUUACUUUCCUUUUCUCAUUUAUGUAUCAAAAAAAAUGUUUUGUCCCCUUUUUUGUACUGACUGUGCUAUUUUCUCUUCUGUCACAUCUGCAGAGUACCACAGUAGUUUCUUUAAAACUCUCUCUUAAGGUGGCUUUGUCAAAUAAAUGAUCAUUUCAUAAAGAUAUAUCUUUAUGAAAUGUUCAUAAAGACCAUUUUGGAAUGCCAGGUCCCACCUACUUUGAUGUGUUUCCUGUUUACAGUCCAAGGUCCAAUCAAGUGUUUCUAAUUUAAAGGAACACUAUAGUGUGAGGAAUACAAAUGUGUAUUCCUGACCCUAUUGUUCUAAAAGUGCCAUUCAUGUCCCCGGCCCCCCUUGUUCCCUGUUAAAAUUGUAUUUUACUCACCAUUAUUCCAGCACAGUGCUGGUCUUCUUGCAACGCUGGAAUAAAGAUUGGCUGAGAUCUUCACACUUGACGAUAUCAGCCGUUCCCAUGUUUUCCCAUAGGAAAGCAUUGGGAGGCUAUUGUGCAUGUGCAGCAGUACGCAGCUCUGCACCACCCUUCAUCUCUUGAGAUUGAUGCAUUGAAUCAGUGCAUCUCUAUGAGAAACUAUCAGCGCAUCCAUGCAGAGUGUAGAGACGCUGAACGUCAGUGCUGCACAUUAUGCAUUUUAUUCACAUGUCUUCUAAUCUCCUUACCAGUCUAUAAGUUGAAUGACACGUGAAAGCUUCCAAACAUUGGAACUAAACCUGGAGUCAUAGUUUCCCACACAUGUUAGUUCAGAGUUAUUUGCUGAUGAUCUUAGCAGAGCUUAAGAAAUCCCAGGAGUCACUGCUCCUGAAAAUGAGCGUAACUCUUUAAAGAGGCACUCCGAACACUCUAAUCCUAUAUCUAUAUUGCUGAAAGAGGGGCCAUAUUUAUCCAGUGAUGUAGAUUGAUUAACAUAUUAUUUAUAUUUGGCAUAAAAAAAAAAUUAUAUUGAAUUUUUUUUUCUAAUAAGCAUUGAAACUUUCCUAUUCUACUAAAGAGGGAUCCAUAAACAUACUGGGGAAGGGAAGAUCCUGAUAUACCUGCUUACUUUUAUUUCUCACUACUUUUAUUUGAAUUCCGUGGGGUGUUUGUUUGUUUUUUUUUGUUUUUUUUUUUUAUAUUUAGAAUAUUUGGGUGUAUAAGAGACCAUACAGGAAGGUCUCAGGAAAGGUUAUUCCGAGCGCAUGAAAAAAAUUAUUUACAAAUAAUUGUCAUUUAUGAGAAGUGCCGUAAAUUUUAUAUGCACACACAUAAAUAUCUCUAUAUCUAGGCUGUUUAGAGUAGGACCUGCCAAAGUAGUGUACCUUGAUGCUGUGGCAGGCUUAUGCAAUGUAUGAUAAUAUAAUAUAACUAAACCCCCAUUAUUUUUGCCUAGAUUAGGUGUUUAAAAAAAAAAAAAAAAAACUAAUAAAAUCUGUCAGCAUUGAAGUUGCUGUUUAGUGGAUAAGAGAGUGCGCUGGAUCUUGUGUAUUGUAUGAAUUGGCCCCCAGCAGCACCCCCAUAUAUGCAUGUUCAGGUGAGUGCGACCCCCCCUGGUGUGUAUGUGUGUGUGUGUGUAUGUAUAUGUGUGUAUAUAUAUAUAUAUAUAUAUAUAUAUAUAUAUAUAUAUAUAUAUAUAUAUAUAUAUAUAUUCAUUUUUUAAUAAAUCUAUACAUGCGUAUUUUUGGUAUUGGAUUAUUUAUGAGGUCCCUGCCUUUAUCAUGUCUAAAGAAUUUUACUCCAUAGUAAUUGUCUACAAACCGUGGAGCUGCAUUCUGACUGUAUUACCCUCUCCGCCACCCGGUAAAUCAUCCUGUUCAUAUGCUAUUUGCAUAAAUUGGUAUUUGAGUUAAAGAAAAGAAACAAACCCUAUCAUGCAUAUUCUUUAAAAUGUGAUUUGUUUAUUGGGGAGCAGCGAUUCUCCGUUAAAUUGUCCAUUUUAGGCCCAAAUAGAUACUAGAAACACUUCUCAAACUUCGCCCUGAUUUCAGCUCUGCUAUUUUGGCUUAAAACUUGGAAUUCUCUGGUGGAUUCUUGAGAUUCAUUGCUUAGUAAAUCUCUGAAUUUCUAAUGGAAAUCCGUAAUAGACCAUUUGUGUAUAUGCCAUUUAAGUCAAUGGAAGUCCUCUCUGCAUUACAGGGUAUAUUACUUAAAGUGUUAUCUCACUGUACCCACAACCUGGGCUUCAUUUAAAGAGUAUUUAUUGAAAUUUCAGGUCUACUGUGAAAGCAGAAAUACUAACACAUGAACAGAUUUUAAUUUAAGGCCUUUUAUUUUUUUUUGGUCACUCCCCUACCUGUCAAUCAGUUGUCAGUAUUAGACCUGUAUGGUGGCAGGGUGAGCAAGAGAAUCCUCUCAAAAAUGUUGCAACUCCAAUGUGCGAGCAGUGAAGCCAAGGUGCCGGCAUCAAAAGUGAGGGUUGUCCUGCUUGGUGAAGUGUAACUAAACAAGGCUACUAACAGUAGAAAUGGGGUGAAAGUGUAGGGUACGUAUUACAUAGUGUAUCACCCACAAACCCUCGGAACUGCAACACUUGAGUGCGAGCAGCAUGUAAAAUAAACUAUAGCAGCUCCCAAAGUUUGAUAAAUUUGUAUAUGUAUUGCCUUGGGAGCUGCUGUAUGUUAAGGCUAACGUGUCAUGACAAUAUAUUUUUUAAUCCAUUCUGUGAUUUGUAAUUCAUUAGGUGAGUGAAAAAAGAUAGCAAUAUUUUUUAGAUAUUCUGAUUGGUACAAAAACUAAUAGCUCAUAUAAUUUAUUUUUCUUUUCUUUGUUUUCAGAGAUGUCUCUCUUGCCUGAUUUUGAAUUCAUCACUAUGGGAUUUUGGUCCUUCGGCAUCGGAGCAGCGGUGGUCGGAAUAUUAAUAGCCAACACAGACUAUUUUCUUUCAAAAACAGACAAGGCAACACUAGAAUACUUAGAGCAGAUAGAGCUGAAAACUAUUGGAGAUGGUAAGCACUAUCUGAGUGGGAAGGCCUCUGGGAUUUUCAGUAAUCUGAAUGAAAUGUCAAUAUUUAUAGUCUGUUCAUCUCUUCUGUGGUUCACCUGGUAGAAGGUACUGCUUAGAGUACCUUCUACUAGGUUCCACAUUGGAAAGUAUAGCAUUUUCUUCUUCCGAUGCACAUGCUGACAGCGCUUGGGAGCAAAAAAGGCUGAUUUGCUUGAUGUGCGCAAUAAAAUAUUUGCAUUUCCCAUAGAGAUCCCACCUUGUAACGCACUAGUCACUCUUAUCACAAUAAAUUGGGACCAUGAGGACAUGGCGCACAUACAAAGGUUAUCAAGCAAACAUAUCGACAAAACAAAGGGCAUGAUGUAGAAACUAACCCACAUGUAUAUAGUUAGAACCAUGUUCUCUAUUGGCUUUCCUUUCUUUUCCCUUUUCCCAUAAUACUGACAAUACCUACAAAGGUAUGGUACAUGGUUGUGGGAUGCCCUACCGAGCACUGGAACUGAGGCCGGUAAUAGUGAACUCACUUUAAGUCUUCAUAUCCUGAUAUAGAUGACCUCAUGACUCUAAGGAAACACCUGACAUACAUGACAAACAAUGUUAAUGUAAUAGAGCAUAUAACCCUACACAGAUUUAGUCUUCCAAGGUGUACACGUUAUAGAACCAUUUUGAUGGUAUUGAAGAUUGUUCCCUGUAACAAAUCCUUGCAACAGACCAAAGUAACAAAUGCCUUCGGAUGAUGUCUUUGUGAUGUCCCCCAAGCUAUGUAUCUGCACCACAUAAACACAUCACAUAGUUACAUAGCAGAAAAGAGACUUGCGUCCAUAAAGUUCAGCCAAAGGAAAAAAGUUACCUGCGCUCUUUCCCAAAUCCCAAAUGUAUAUUUAGUUAAACAAAUGGAGGGUAUGCCCACCUGCCACAUUAAGGCAGACCGCUUAGGUGGGUCCUAACUCUAACCAUUCACUUUGCUUCCUUGUAACUAAAAACCUCCAUCAUUUGUUUAAAUAUACAUAGGGAUUUGGGAAAGAGCGCAGAUAACUUUUUUCCCUUUUGGUUUUUACUGUAUGUAUUGGGGCUGAUGGUCAUUGCUGCCGCCCAGGAGUAAUGGGAGUUUAAGCGCAGGACUUCCCCCUACUGUACUCCCCCUUUUUCUUUUUUAUCUCACUAAAGAUUACAUUAUGUAUUUAUUUUUAUUUUUUUUCGAUUUGGGGGGAGAAAAAAAACACUUUUUUUUUUAAUUUUUUUUUUUAAAUUCCACUAUUUUAUAAUAUGUUUAACACUGACGUUUGUUAGAGCCUUCAGAUGCGUAUUGUUGGUUUUUUUUUGUUUAUUUUUUUUUAUUCUGUAUUUGGAAGUGCUAGAUGGUAUUAUUUUCUAAUAAUGUAUUGUUUACCAUGAUAUACCCUAUAAUAUAAUACACUCUUCCUCUAAAGCUUAUCUGUAAUAUAGAAUAUACACAACCGCUCCGAAUUCUAGUUGACAUUGGAGUUCUUUGUGCAAUAUGUAAUCCAUUUCAACUAGAGCCGUUUGUAUCUUUAGAUUUCUUGUUGGUACUUUGCUACAGUUCCAGGAAAUCACAGUAUAACAAAAUACAUAAAUGUCAGACAACUCUUGCUUUGUCGUCCGCAGAGCCAAGGACUUUCAAAGCCAAGGAAUUGUGGGAGAAGAAUGGAGCUGUGAUAAUGGCUGUACGUAGGCCGGGAUGUUUUCUCUGCAGAGAGGUAAAAAUAUCUGAUAUGAGAAAUCCAAGUGUACUUGAAAUACCAUCCACCUUUUUUGUUUGUUUGUUUAAGCUAUUUUAGUGAUUUUUAGAGAUUACGAUGCAAUUGCAUAGAUUUAAAAAUGUACUUUGUACUAUCGAGCUUAUCUAAACAAUAGUAUUCUUCAAUUUGAGGCUGAAAGGGAUUUCGGGAUUAUUUUGUGAAAAUGGCUCUUACAAGGAUUUAUUACCUGUGUUAAGAUAAAUUGCAGUUGUAAAAUCACGGUUUUCACCUUUUGGUUUUCUCUUAAAGGGGACAUGUCACUGGAAAUUACAACAUUAAACACUGGAUAUAACCCGAUCCUCAAGUUAACUUGUUUUUGUAAUGUGAUGGUCCAUUUACAUUUGAAAUGUAUAUUAAAUUAGCACAAUUCUAGUGUUUGUGGUUCUAGCAUAGCCCUGCUACCAUUUGGUUUAGAGGGGUGUGACGCAAACCAAGGGCCCCCUGUGCACUCAUGGCCCGGCCAGUCACUAGGCAUAUUGCUAUUGCAAAGCCUACACUUAACACAUUAGCAAUAUCAAUUCUGCCCAAAUUUGGACAAUAUUUAUAUUGCUAAUGCGGACCUGUCGUACCUAGGUACAACCACAAUGCACAUUGUAUUGGAGACAAAGAAGCAUUGUGGGAGAAUUAGCAAUGUUUUUCUGUGUGGCCUAAAAUAUUAAGUGGGGCCGUCACCAUGGGAACCAGUAGGCGCAUUCCAUUUUUAAUAAUGCCCUGUUUUUGGUUUGAAUACAUUUUUAAGGAAAAUUGACUUGCAGAGGAAUAGGCUGUGCUACUGUUGAUCAUCUGUCCUCUGACUUCAGAUGCCAUAUAUGCACAGAAUUGACAUUAGCCAGCCUCUCGUUCUGGGCUAUAGUUACACCUCUGGCAAGAAAGGUCUUUAACUCUGUGCACUGUUUCCAACUGCUGAAGUGGUUAGGGUGUUUGCAGUAGUCCUUUACAGAAUGAAAAUUACCCAGGGAGAGCUUAGGCUUGACUGAAGACAUGCGUUAUGAGGGAUUUGUUAAAGGAUUGACGCCUAAGGGAAACUCUGAUGUGGGGAGGUAGGCUGUUACUUGAUGAUAGAGCUGCCCUUGAUAAAUCUUGUAGACAAAAAUUAACAGUAUGGUGCGAUGAAGGGACAGAAGAAGGUCACUGACAUAGUAGUCCAUGGAGGGGUGUACCUGCGAAGAAAUGCAGUGCGGGAUAUUGUUAUUGGGAACUUUAUAUGUGGGAAAUAGUAUCUGAAAGGGCAAAGAAAGCCAAAUUAGUGAUUAGCUAGGGGGGGUGGUAUGGGAGGAGUGAAGAGAGAACACUACAGUCAAGAGACUGGGCAGAAAUUGGAGAGGCGGAACAUUUUUGCAGAAUUUAAACAAUGUUGAACUUUGAACAAGCAUCGUUUAAUUUUAACAUCUCCAGACAAAUGUCAUUGUUCAAAUGGGAAUUGAGUCUUUAAACCUCAGUCCUAGGGAUGUUUGUCCCUGUCUGAUACCAGAAGAAAUAAGGCAAAAAUUAUGCUCAGAGGUGCUUUAGGACUUUGGAAUGUUCUUUUAAUAAACUGCAGCUAAAAUACAUUCUCGUACAUCUAAAAUGACAGGCCUUACAGUGGAUCAUUUUCUUUCCCAAGUCUUUUCUGUUCUGUCAUUCUCCCUUUCCAAAUUAUGUGGUCUUCUUGAUCCUGAGUUGUUUUUUGAAAUCUGUCAACCUCCGUAUUUAAAUACAAAUACGGACGAAUAAAUAAAUAAAAUAAUAAUUAAAAAAUAUAUAUAUAUACACACACACACACACACACACACACACACACACACCCCCCACCCCACCCCCUCUUGAUUAGUUAGUCGGCAGCUUCCCAAUGGGUCACUAAUUGAUAGAUAUAUAGAAUGUAGAAAAAAAUGGGAUACAGCUGCAAUCCUAAAAAAAAAAAAUACAAACAAAAUAACAUAGUGUAGUAUCCUCUAAAACCGUAUAUGACACGCCAAUAAUGUACACAUUUACAGGAUAAUAAUCGCAUGUAGGGUGCCUCCCCCGAUAGCAGUGGGGGCUCAGAGUGAUCUUCCUCUUGUUUACUUGUAGCGUUAUUCAAACGUAUAAACAGAGCAGGAAUCCCAGUAUUUACUCAGUUUCAGUACAACAAUUUUUAUUUUUUUUUAUUUUUUUUUAUUGUGGGUUUUUAUGGUUGGUGAUACCCUAUGUGACUAGUCUCCUGUUUUCAUUGGUGGCUGUUGCUUAGCUGACCAUGGAAUAAAUAUAGUGCCAUCAACAUAUGUUUAACACGGGAAUUGGUCAAGGUGGUGACUCAUAGAUCGAUUGAUGAUGGUAAUUGGGUGCAUUACAUUUUUUUUUUUUUCUUCCCUAAAUUAAUCUCCCCCUCCCCUAUUGCAUAUCUCGCUUUUUCUAGCUAAUGCUUGGCAUAGCACCAUGGGAAACGUUCUACAAAAUUCUAAGUAAUGUGGUAAUGAUAUUAUGAUGAACCAUACUAUAAUGCAUGUUUGUGGAACACAUUUCAUAUUAUGUUGUCAACCUUGACACAGCAGAUGUUUGUGGAAUUUAUUUCACACUAAUGCUCAUUGUCAAAUGUUGUGUACGGAUCUCUAAUCCACCCACAGUGGCAAACGUUGGCACUUCAGAUGUUUUAUGGGUCACAUUUUAUAUAUUGUUUAGCCUAUGUUUGUGUUAUUCUACUAAAAUAGAUUAAAUAAAGCGUGUAAACACACGCAUGUGGAAUGUGUCUGGGUGAGUGUCUGGGUAGGGUGUAUGUAACUAGGUGAGUGUAGACAUGUGGGAUGGUUGGGUGGGGGACGAUGACCAGGUGAGUCACUGUGUAUUCUAGUUUUUGCAGAGUUGCCGUUCAGAUGAGGUUAGUGUGGGUGAGAAGGUCUCCAAGCGAGGGCAGGCCUACUAUAGAUGCAGGGAUUAAACAAGAAACUAAAAUAACUGUGCAAACAUUAGGGAGGUCAUUGGGACAUGCAGCAAAGCAGCUGCAUGCGUGAGAUCCAGUCAUAGACAAAGGAGAAGCCAGUCAUGCAGACAUAGGCAUCUGGAAGAGGUGUGCCAGGUUCCCAGGCACACCCUAAUACAAUCAUCACUGUCUCCUUAUAGGUCUUUAUGGAGUCAGAUAUCUCUAUUUAGAAAGGGGGGGGGGGGGAAGCAUGACUACCUAUGUACUAUUUCUUUAUGCAUCUACUAGAAUUUUACAUUUAAUAUUUUUCAGUAAAAUUUGUGUUCUUUUUCUCUGGGUGCUGCUUGAAAUUUCCUAGUUUUGUAAUUAACAUUAAGAUCCAUUAUUCCUUCCCUAGAAGUUUUUCCUGAUUUCCUAUGUAACACAAUUGAUACUGUAACAAUACGUUCUUGAGAAUAAUCAGCACUUAUUGGAUUUAUUCCUUAUUCGUCAAAAGUACAUCCACAAUGCUCAAAGUUGGUAAAAAAUCUUCAUUCAUAAUGGCAGCAUUAAAAGGCAAGGGUGCACGAUGAAUAGCAAAACUGCAUAUUACUAAAGGGGGAAAAAAACAAAACUCGUUUAUCAUCUGUAAAUGUGUGUAGCUGCACCCACACUCACCUCUGCUGUCUCUCUCUAUUCCUUAUCUGUGUGUGUCAUGCUGUCAGAAGCACUUCAUCAAGGAGGACCAAGCUCAUAAAGAACUUCCCACCUAUAUAAAGCUGAGUAAUGUUAGACCAGCUUUGGAAGGAAUCCAGACUGCCUGAUUCACAAAUCAUGUAUAUGGUGCUUCAGUUUAGCUGAAGUCUUUCUACCAAAAACCUGGCGGUUCCUGUGUAUAUGAUCUCACUGCAGUGGCUCGAAUUUUCUUCAUAUUUCACAUUACAUUGUUCAGAAAUAAGCCUCUUGCCACCCACUACUCAUUGUCCCUCUCUACCAUACCAUUACGCCAGGAUUGGCCGUCUUUUUUUUUGGUGGUUUUUCUUUUUUCAUUAAUUGCAGUCUCCUCAUUUAAGAUUUAGGUAAACCUUUUCAAGACUGUUGGUUCUACUAAUGUUUGUUGAUGUUCUUCUCCUAUAAUAUUUAAAUUUUUACUAUGUUUAGGUCUUUUUUAGAUUGAAUUAUUUUUUUUCCAUAAAAAACUUCCUGGGAUCUAUAGAAUGUAAGGGUUUGUUUAGCUGUAUUGAGCUUCUUCUGCCUAGAGCUGGCGUCAAGGUUACAACAUUGAGGUCUAUGGAGGAUCCCACAAGACUGGUAACGGCUGGGGAAAAUGACAAAACGAGGCAUUACCUUUUGCCGAGCCAGUCAAGUUAUGUUAAUCGGAGUAAAAAAAAAAAAACUGUGACUCGCACCACCUACUUAGAAGUUUGUUUCCGUAACAUCCACAAGAAUGCCAUUGAAGGAGCGUUCACGGGGGACAGAGGUCAUCAUGGGUACCCUUACAAUGACAGCCCUUGCAUCGGAUAUGAGCAGUUCACUGUUCAUCUCUCUCCUCUACCCUUCUGACUAUUUAUUUCUGAUUAUUUACAGGUCGGUAGAUUUGCAUUCCACCCCAAAUAUUGUAAGAGAUUGCCCUUUUUUAUAUAUAAUUGUUUAUAGAAAUAAAGAUAAUGGGGAUGAUGCUUCUAAACAGGUCAUUUAGUGAGGGUUGAGGUAAAUCAGAAAGUCCUUUGAUUUAUGUCAAUUUAUUGUUAGACCAGAUAAGCUGAAGCAGCGAUUUAUUAUUUGUAAAACCACAGAGGAUCUGGUAAGACAAAUAUCAUCGGUGUAUUCAGAGACCAAAUAUCAGUUACCUUUGACUGUUUGUACAUUUGGGUGGUGUAUUUCAAUAUCUUUGAUUUGAUUCACCUUCUUUUCAUCUUUUAUUUUUUUUUAUUUUUUUUUAAUUAUUAUUAUUUAUUUAUUUAUGCUGUGCUGUGCUUUAAAAUGUUAAAUGCUUCCUUAGCUGUUAAUAAAGAUAUCUUAGAUAAGUGGGACAACAGUGGUAGAAAAUAUAGCAGGUGAAUAAUUUACAAAUGAUAAACUUAGAGAGACCUUACACUUUGGAAUUAGCCUUUUUUAUUUAUUUAUUUAUAAUACAUUUUAAAGUGAACCUGUCGUUUUUUUUUUUUGUUUGUUUGUUUUUUUUUGUUUUGUUUUUUUCUUCUUAAGCCUUCUGUUGUUUAAUGAUUGUACUCCCCUUUGCCACUUUCCUUUGUUUCUAUUUAUUAUCUUUUCCUCCUUCUGCUGGAUAUCAAUACUUGGGUGCAGCCAUUUGGUUCUCCUUUGUUCGUGAUACCUGCAGUUUCCCUUCUGUGGGAUUGAUUGUGGUGAUGGAUUGUGGGUAGAUUUGAUUGGUAACUGAGACAGAUACUUGCUUUAAGCUAAGCCCCUUGUCAAGUUUUGUCAACCUGACUGCUAUACAUGAUGAAAAGUAGUGAAUACUUUUAGUUAUGUAUUUAAUGUUUUACAGAAACAGAUUAAAGAAGUUUAUUUUUUGUGAGCGAGCCGCUUUGAACUGACAAAUAUGCAGAAAACAAUUCCUGAUAAUAAAAUAUCAAUAUACUUGGUGAAUCCACCAAAUGAGAAGGUUCUGCUGUGAAUCCUCAUCUACUCAGAAUGUGGCUGGCUCAAACCUGAUAUUCCUGCAUGGGACUUUAUACUUCAUAUGGAAGUGCUGAAGAGGCCUUUUAUAGUCAAAGUUAGACCUCUUUUUUUUUUUUUUUUAAAAGACAUCAGGAACUAAAUAUAUGCUUUAAUUUCAGGAGGCCUCAGGAUUGUCUGCUCUAAAACCACAAUUGGACCAACUUGGUGUUCCAUUAUAUGGAGUGGUGAAAGAAAAGAUUGGCACUGAAAUUGAUGACUUUCAACCCUUCUUUAAAGGAGAGAUCUUUCAUGAUGAAAAGGUACCAUCCAGUUGCCAUGUGAACAUUUUUGGUUGCUUGUGAAAAAUAAUGUACACAUUGGGUUCACUGACUGACUGCCAUAUGUUGGUAUAUGUCUACUCUCCUUUAUGUCCAUUAGGUAUGUUGUAUUCAUAGAACACAGAUGCUUGACUAUGAAACUAGUAACUAAUUCGUUACAGUAUAACCAUGCCUUCUCCAACUGAAUUUUCUAACCAUGCUGUUAUAAGCCUUUAAGAAGAUUUAGCUUCAGUAGUAUUAUACACUUUUUUAGGCAAAUGACAAGCAGUUUGUAAUAUUUGAAUAUUUGCCUCACGAAAUCAAUGUAUUCAGCCAAUUUGUUGAAGUAUUAUCCGCAUUUUAUAAUUAACCUUUUUUUUUUUAUACGGCGACUAUCUGCGUCACAAUUUUUGGAUAGUACAAGUGAAAUAAGAUUGUGAGUUCCUAAUUUGUAAGUAUAAAAAUUUCAUUGUAGGUUAAAUGGACACUGUUUACACCAUAACCACUUAAACUAAUUUUACAGGUAUAAUGGGUCCCUCAGUGCUCGUAGUCCAAGCCCUAGUGGCUGUUCAGUGAACACUGAGAGUAGCUCCACUCUACGCCAUAUCAGGUAGCAAUUAGGCUGAGUGUCAGUUGCCGCUCUUAGCCUAUCUAGUAUAACUCGUGGCAUGUGGUGGAGUUGAAGUGGUCCUGCAACCUGCAGUGUCCCUUUAAAGCAUUAUGCUAUUGCAAAUUAUUUUAAUACAGAUUCUAAGAACUUUUUUGGGUUAGAAUUGUAUGUAACUUUUAAUGUACUCUAGGAGUAGGCACGAAGCAGACCGGUACACCUCAUGCAAUAGUGAUCUAUAAACAUAGAUAAUUUUGGUCUUAAUGAAUGCCCUAUCAAGCAUUUUAAGUAAAGUACUGGACAACUCGAAAUUUGUUUGAUCUGGUCACUUCCAUUCAAAUUGGUCAUGAAUUGUGUUUCAAUAAGUGUUUAUUAUUUCCUCGACUGAGCAUGCAGAAGACCACAAAACAGGAUCCCCCAUAGAAGGGCGUUAUUCAUACUAACUUUAUAUCACACCCUUUUCAUUUCAUAGUACUAACAUUAAUAUAUGGCAGAGAGGAGCGUUAUUCACUAAAGUACGAAUGCUCGCUGCGUAGAUUAUCAAAUUUAUCCAGGGGUAUUUAAGUCUCUAAAAUCCUGUCAUUUGUUCUCAAGAUUUAUUAGUGUCUGGAUUUUUCCAUACAAUUGGGCUCAGCCAGAUAUCCACAACUCAUGUUAUAUUUCAUAUAAUUUUAUACAUUUUGUUGUUGUAACCAUUGACCCUCUGACUGUUUGUUCUGCCAGUGGUCAAAUACUUACAUUUUUCAGGAGAACCUACAGAAAUAUUAUGUGCGUUUAAUUUUAGCAAAUUUCCUGUUCUGGUUUUUUUUAGUGGAUCUAAUUAAGAAAUGAGCAUUUAAUGUUUGACAAUCUUCGAUUUAAAUGGGAUUUGCACAUAAGAAUUACUAACAUUAAAAUGGCCAACAAAUGUUAUAUGCUUGAUAUUUAAACCCAUUUUAACAAUAUAUUGCUAAUGAGGCCCACUUGUUUUCCUGGCACUAUAGUGCCCUGAUGGUGCCCCCACCCUCAGGGUCCCAUUCCCGUGGCGCUGAGGGGAGAGGAAGGGGUUAAUCGCUUAUCUCUUUUCCAGCACCGGGCUCCCUCGGCGCUGGGACUCUCCUCCCUCUUCUUCCGUCAUCGGCUGAAUGCGCAUGCGCAGCAAGAGCCAGAGAAUGCUUUCCUAUGGUUGCUGGCGUCUUCUCACUGGGAAAAUCACAGUGAGAAGCGCGGAAGCGCCUCUAGCGGCUGUCAAUGAGACAGCCACUAGAGGCUGGAUUAACCCUAAAGUAAACAUACUUUACAUUUACAGCAGGCAGGGUUAAACCUAACUGGACCUGGCACCCAGACUGAAGUGGUCUGGGUGCCUAUAGUGGUCCUUUAAGUGAAUAACCCUGUAAGCUAACAAGAGCACCAUCAUUUUGAAUGUUAAUUCUUUCACUUUGCUUUGUGUUUUUUCCAGAAACUCUUCUAUGGUCCUCAGACACGGAAGAUGAUGCUGAUUGCUUUGAUACGUUUGGGUGUGUGGCAGAACUUUCGCAGAGCCUGGAAAGAUGGCUUUCAGGGAAAUUUGGAGGGUGAAGGACUGAUCCUUGGAGGCAUGUUUGUUGUUGGUGCCGGCAAUCAGGUAAAAAAAUAUCGACACACAUUCUGACUGAAUAUUCAGUCCUUCUGAACUGUAAUAUUUAUGUAAAUGUUCCUGUAUCCCCCCCCCCAGUACAUUCUUCUUCUCUGACUUUGCUAAAGUGAUUUAUAUGGGUAGUUCUUAUUGAGACUUGAAGGGACACUCUAAGCACCAUAAACACUACGAUGCAUUGUAGUGGUUAUAUUGCCUGCUGUUCCCUUGCACUGUCUCAAAGUAAACAAGGUGCAAAAGGAUCAGCACUAAUUAACAGAGAACGAAGGGGCAGCAACCCAAAAAAGGAAUCCUAUCUCUAUCUCUAGGCUGCGCCUAAACUUUAAACAAAUAAAUAAUAUAAAUGUCUAUUACUAGGCAUAGAAAAGGGGUCUAUUUAUAGAUAGAAGAACAAUAGAAUAGUCCUAAAAUUGUCUUGUGUAAAAGAUACCCUCUUAGGUAGUAGUACAUUCUGAGUCAAACUGAAAGUUCUUACCCUUAUAGAAGGGUAUGUAGGUUUUAGAAUUCCUUGGUGUAGUCCAUACAUAACAUAAAAAGGCAAAAAAAACCCUGAAAACUCCAAUAGUGCAAUAUAUCAAUUCAACCAGAGUGGGUGUAUUUAAAGAGCGAUUGGUUACUCACAUCUAGUGGAGCUAUAGCCAGCUCUAGCGUGUAGAGCGUACAGUGAUAUAAUCCCCACUUAGAUUUAUUUGAGACUUACGGUCUCAAAGUAAGUAGCCAAACCGUUGACACUGGAUGCCUCGUCCAGACCCCACUAUAGAUAUACCUAAAGUAAAAGAUCCACUGCCUCCUUUGAUAUUAUGUGUUGGACGAUAGCAACAAAUUUUCAAAAACAGGUUGAUUGCAUAAAAUGGUGCUUAAACAGCCCUUUUAAACUGUUAUAUUUGUUUUUUAUAAUCCUUUUUUGUUGUUGUUGCAUAGUUAAACAUUCAAGCUUGUUAUUACAUAUGAAAUGGAAGUAAAUGCAGUAUGAACAAUCGCAUAUUUGCUACAUGGCAUGUCAAAAGACUUGCACAUUUUAUGGUUUAGGGCAUCAUAAGUAAGGCAUUCAUGUCUGAAUAUUAUGGUAGGUAAAAGCUUAGACAAAUAUGGCUUAUGACAGACGUGUAUUGCAGGCUUGAUAUUCAUUUGUGAGCAAAAACACACGAGGUCGUCCACCAGGUUGUUAAAAUCCGUAUGGUGGCCACUUUGACUCAACAGACAAAAAAGAGGAUAAACAACAUUAAAACUCUUGGCUUGUAUGGAUCAAAUGCAGAUUAUGUGCUUAUGGUAAGAUCGCUCCAUCUACUCAGCCAAUGCCACAAGCAAGCUUCAUCUGGUUCUCCAGGAGUUGCUUGGUACUUAUGCUCCUGCAGCCUCUCCGGGUCACGAAGCUCAAUCGAGCGUAAACUGUUAGUUUUAUGUCAGUUAUUUUUCAUGCGCACACAAAGCACAGGUUUGCUGUAAAAUGUUUGCUCAAUUCAAUGCCAACACAAGGAAAAACUAGGAAGUGAUCUAAAAUGAUCAACCCAAGUAUAGGCCUUUUAAAAAAAAUCUUAUAUGAUGAUUUGAAGAACUGGUCUAAGGACAGAACUAAGAAAUCAAUUUUAAAGAUACAAAUAGAAAGUUUUAUGUUGCGUUUGUUAUAUUUGCAAAGACCCAUGACAGUUGCAGUGGAUUGGCCAAGGACAGCAGGAGAAGGUGAGUUAUACUUACCUGGACCUGUCCCUCGCAGCUGACGCCAGCUUCUUCCUACUGAUUUCUUCAGUUCGUGGCGCUUCAGCUGUCACUAGCUGAUGUCGGUGUUCUACUCUCACGCAUGUGCAAGAAUACAAUACUGAGGUCAAUGGAGGAUCACACGAGACCUCGGUAUCCUCCGACAACAAAUGUUUUUCCUUCAUCCGUGACCGCUGAGGGCUUGACUAAAGGUAGCUCUGUCUUUUCUCAAGCAUAGGAAAAAUACUAAGACAACAUAGUCCCUACUUUGUAUCAGUAUAUCUUUUUAGUUUCAGUAAAUUCCAACGCCGUCAAUGUGAGUAUUUCAUAAAGAUUCUAUCUUCAUUUAAUACAUAUUUUGGAUGGGGGUGGACAGUUCUGCUUUAAAGUGAGUUCUAAUUAUAUUCCAUGGAACUUUUUACAUCAUCAAGGCCUUUUCAUCAUGAUUUUGUGUCAAUAUGACUAAUUACUAAGAAUAAAAACAAACAAGGUAUUGGAUGGUAACAGUUGUCAAAAUAGAUUGAGGAUAAAGGAUAGACUGGACCCUCGAGCCUGCUUUAUAGCUGAUCACCCACUUUGAAAGGUAAUGAACCUGCUUUGUGUAGUAAUAGAUAAUUUUUUUUUUUUUUUUCUCAUUUUGCCCAAGGCAUAGUGAUUUUCAAGACGUUGUAAGCAGAGAUAUGAGCAAGGAGAAUGUAGCGUGUUUGCGCUCACUUAAUUUUUGGCUUACAUUUUCUGUCUAUUUUCAGGUUUGUAUGUAUUCUAUUUUGACAUCGCUCAGCAGUUUUUUCAAACGUGUGACCCAUAGCCUGGUCAGGGAGUGCCAGUUAGAUAAGUAGAAGGCUGCAUGCGAGAGAUAAUACUGUGGAAAGUAACUAGGUUUUAUAGUCAACUUUACAGUAACCUAUGCAUUAUAAUAUAUAUAAAUAGAUAUAUCUAUCUCAUAAGAGGUUUCUGAACUAUAUACUGAACAGUUUAAGAAAAUAGUGGCUAUCUAAAGAUCUGCUGGUAUAAAUAUAGUGAUUGCAUAUGUUAUAUGGCAUUGACUCAUUUCUUGAUAGUCACAUUUUCUGGAAGCUGAAAUAAAAGGUCCUACCAGGGAGUCUACAGUCCUAUGUCCUUCUGGUGGUAUUACAGCUGGUAAAGGACAAUGGCAGUGUUUAGAGAUGCUGCCAAAUGGUAAAAACCUCUUGUUUGACUUAUAUAUUUUUUUUUUUUCUUCAAAUGAAGAUUUCCCACAAGAUUGUUUAACCCUUUCCCAACCGCGGACGUCUGACAAAGACUGUCCUUAAGAUCCUCGGACGUACCUAGUACGUCCGCGGUAUUCCUAUUCACUUACCCGAUCGCCGCCAUUCCUUCGCCAGCCAUCAGUGUUCCUCUUCGUCUGGGGGGACUAUUUCACAGCCCACAAAGCCCCCUUGGCAAAUUAAGCCCCCAUGGGGCAUGUGACUGCUCUGAAAGAGCGUCCAUAGUGCUGCCUGCAGGGGGACUGCCUGAACUGACACUGGCAUUUACUCUUUACUUACACGGGCAUUAUGUCUACUACUACACAGUAGAGACCACAAAAAUGUUGUUUUUUGGUUUUUUUUUGUCUCCCUUUGAAAAUUGAAACAAGAAGGUCACACCUCGCAAGUUAUAAAAUUUUAUACCCGAACUCCAAAAAAUGCAAACCGGUUCCUGAAUGUGUACUUCUUUACAUUCUUAUGCGCAGAAGUGUAACUAUGUUCAUUGUGAACAACAUAAAUUAAAAAGGAGGAAAUCUGCAUUUUUAAAAAAAUAUAUAAUUUCUUUGGUUGCUAGGCUUGUAGUAGAGUUCGGAUCACAUUGGUCCUAGCAAUUCAUUUAUCUGUGCUUGAAAUUUUAGUUUUCAAUAAAAUUCCAUUUAUGUUAUACAAAUGUUACUUUCUGUUAUUGUUUGCAGGGAGUUCUGUAUGAACAUCGUGAGAAGGAAUUUGGAGAUAAGGCGAAUUUGACAUCAAUCCUUGAAGCAGCUAGAAAGAUAAACAAACACAAUGCUGACGAAGACAAAUAAAUCGAAUGAUCUUGCUCAAUUAUGAUUGUGAAUAAUUUUCUCAUCAAGUUCCCCUUAUAUGACACUUCUAUUAGAACUCAUUCUAAUUCUCAACCACUCAAUUCAUCUACAUUAAACAGUUUUGAUAUAUUUUAUGCUUUGUGUGUAUUUGUCACACUUUCAUCCGCACAUAAAAAUUUGGUUAAUGGCAUUACCGUCCUAAAAAGGAAAAGUUGGGCCGAGCGGCAAUCAUGCACGUGAAAACCUGGUAAUUGCUUUUGGGAUCAAAGGCUGGUUACAGCCAAUCGGAUCCACAGGAGGGGUAUUUAAAUCCAAUUCUCCUUUUGCUCAGUGCCCUGUCGUGGUUUCAUCCUGAUGGUAAAUAGAGAGUGCAUUCCUGAUCUUGAUUUUCUGGUAUUUGACUUUUGCUUCAUUUUGACUUCCCUGAAUUCUGGUAUCCUUGACUUCUGGCUUUCUCUCAUCUUUGUGUCUGAUUCUGUGUCCCUGACCUCGGCUAGUGUUUUGACUAUUCUUGGAGACGUUAAAUCUGGCCACUCUAAGGUCCAGUUAUACGUUAUCCUUGGUCCUAGGUGUGACACAGUUCUGUGUGCUGGAUCAACUUGUAAUCCUCACCAUUUUAUGCAAGUCCUUUUAUUUCUUUUUCCAUAAAGAUUACUAAUUAACACAUAAAUGUGUGUAUACAAUAGCCACAGGUUGUUUGUUUAUUUUUAUUUUUUUUAAAUACUCAUUAGAGCGAUCAACCAAAACUAAAAAUGUUAAAGCAGCAUUGUCAAUGUGAUGGCAAAUUAAACCAAAAUCUAAUAGUUUAAGAAACCCUGAGAAGGAAUAUCUACAGACCUUGUGGACAGAUUACAUAAAAUGGAGGUGCCCUUAUGUUGAUAUCAGGCCCAAGUAAAAAAAAAAAAUAUAAAUAGUGGGGCGGUGGAUGGGCACUAUAAUCCUUAAGAUACAAGGGACAUAAAGAAAUAAAAAUGAUGUUUUAAAUGUAAUUAUCUUGAUGUUCCUGCUGUAUUGAUUUAAAUAUAAAAAAAAAUCCUAGAUUAUGAAUCUAACUAACAAAUCCGAUAAAGUCAUUCACUAUUAGAGAAGGCAUAACACCUCCUGUACGUUGUGCUUUCAGUAAAUCUGAAUCUGCAAUGCAAGGAUGUGACAAAAGGCUAUGGCGAUGACUUUGACUAUCUGGCUUGAAUCUAUGAUACAAUGUAAUUGUAUAUUAAUAUAGGCUGCAGAUUCUUGAAGACUAUAAAUUUCAGCCUUUCUGCUGCUCAUCCCCAAAAAAAGUAAGAACAAAUGACAUGAUUUCCAUGUGUGCCAUAAAAUUAAAAAAAAAGAACAAAACACUUUUUACUAGGAAAAAAACAGUCGGGUUACUCAUUGGGACAACAAAUUGUACCCCUACAUAUUGAAUAUUAUUAUUAAGGAAUAAAUAGUGAGUUGAUCACGUAAAUAUUAUGUGUGUUUGUCUAUGUGUUAUUUAUCAGCCUGUGUGUUCUCGUGACUGACAAUUUCCACUAUUUUGUACUAUAUUUAGCCUAGGUAACACAUGCCUCAGGCAUUGCAAUUGUCUUCUUUGUUUACUUCAAUAGUGUAAAUGGAAAUGCUGCACAUGUAAUUCGGCUUAAAAGGCCAGUAUCCAGGCAGCUGUUCCAGAAGGGAGAACCUUGCUCAUACUUCUGACAUACUUAAAAUGGGAAUCAUUCUUCAAACACUGAUUCAUUGCUCGGGGCGGUUUACAGCAUUGACUAUAUCUGGCAUGCCCGGGCAAUGAGGCUUUCUUACAAUCCCUUACAUAAAUAUUUACCUAACCUUUACAUUUAUCUUAUCCUUUGAUUUUCAUAUCUGUCAGCUGUUAGAUGAAUAUAAUUAAAUGGGUGAAUGAAAUUUAGUGUUACAUGUGG